GCAAGGAGAUACUCACUGGUGAAGAAAACUUUCUGCCCUCUGUUUCUCGGGGUUUUGCUUCCAAGUAAGAAGAUCGAGUUCCCUGUUCACGCCCCCGACAGCCUCUUACAUCCAACCUCCAACUCCGACGACACAAAACCACCUACCCAAAUCGUGGAAUCAAGCCCCGUCAGCCUCCGCCGCUGACCUGUCCAGCCGAUCCCCUCACGCGAGCAAAACCACACCCGACCAAAAUCUUCGCCCGGCGACUAUGAAGAAAGGGCCAUGGACGGCAGAAGAAGAUAAGGUUCUUAUGGACUACGUCAAAAAUAACGGCCCUCGUGAUUGGAGCUCCAUUCAAUCCAACGGUCUUCUUCCCCGAACCGGCAAAUCCUGCCGUCUCCGCUGGGUCAACAAACUCAGACCCAACUUGAAAAGCGGAUGCAAAUUCACAUUGGAGGAGGAGCGCGCGGUGAUCGAUAUGCAGGCAAGAUUUGGGAACAAAUGGGCGCGAAUUGCAACUUUCCUUGAAGGUAGAACGGAUAAUGAUGUCAAAAAUUUUUGGAGUACUCGGCAAAAGAGAUUGGCUAGGCUUCUGCAAACUCCACUUCCAGUCAGAUCUCAAAGGAGGCAAAAGAGCUCACCUGUAUCUUCUCAAGUGUCUGAUUCUGAGGAUGUGUUGCUGCAAAAUUUGAAUUCUCCUUCCAUACAGUUCAUUAAAUUUACGGAAAAUUACGUAAAUGGUAAGGAAUUGGAUUAUAUCUGA